UGAACGUACCGCGCGCGAACGUCGGAAAACAAAUAACAGCUGACUUUAUCAAUCAUCGUGCGGUGAAAAAGACAACUCCUAGACGCGUUGAAGUGAAUUUUUUCUGAUUACAUUUUUUGUAUUUUGUGGUGUGGAAAUUUAAUUAACUAUUUAUUUAAAGCUUAAAAUUACGCAUACUCUGCAACAUAACGCCAGAGCUUGUUUGCAUUAAGCAGGUUAUGGAUCAGGUUGCUCACGUACAAGCGUGUCGCCUAUGUGCAAAUUUCUAUGUGACCGGCGCCGAGGUUGAAUUUGUGCACCUUUUUGAGCCCCUAGCUGGACUUGAGGAGCAAUUGGAUUUUGUGCGAACGCAAUCGGUGGCGUGGCAAUUACACAUUUCAGCCAACGAUGGUUUACCACAGCAAAUUUGUGCCAAUUGCUUUGCACAAUUCUGCAACAUUCACUCAUUCCGACAGCAAUGCGUAUUGGCACAGCAAAAGUUGCUGCAAUCAUUUGUGGGCGUUGGUUUAAAUGCAAAUGUUGCAACUGUGGCAGGCGGCAGCAAACAAGCGUCAUCGCUGUCGCCACAGUCGCAAACUAGCGCAGCUUUGACAAAUGGCAACGAUAUGCUAAGCGGACUGAAGAUUGAUGCGCCAGUAACAAGCGCCGAAUUAAUGGCAAGUUUAGAUUGCCUACAACCGCCAACAACCAGUGCUGAUGUCAUAGCCUGCUUGGAUGGGCUGCAAUUGCCUGCUAGUGUAGCAGAAACGCUAUCAUUGCUGACACAAGAGUUGACUACAAUGCACAAUGGCUCUUUGCUGGACAACAGCGCUAAUUCGAUCACCACAUACGCCACCAUGGACACAAAAACGGAAGAGACAAAUGUACUACAGUUUUCGGCAGCAUCAACAGCACAAAAUAUCUACUAUGCACAGCAGGCACCCAUUACGACAGUAACGGCGGCCACAAAUACACCAGUAACUUUAAUAACAAAUGCGAGCGCGAAGUGUUUGGGUAGCACAUUGAAGAACGCAAAGCCAGAUAUUGAUUUGGAAGAUAUGCUACAAGGCAGCAUAAUACCGAAAAAUAACAAGUCGAAUAGCGUGCAGACAGAAAUUUAUGACGAGGUGAGAGAAGAAACACAUAUGGUUCAAGAAGAAGAACAGAUGGUUCAAGAAGAAGCACAGAUGGUUCAAGGAGAAGCACAAAUGGUUCAAGAAGAAAAAGAGAAACCAUUUUCUACCUAUGAGGAUAUGAUGGACGAUGAACUGGACUACCUUUCAUGCUCCGAACAAGAAGAAUCCAACGAAAUGGAUGACGUCGAAACGGAGGCAGAUGGUACUUCACCCACGCGCAUCUCACGCGAUCCAUUUGCCUGCCAAUAUUGCUACUGUCCGAAUUCCGGUUCUAUUGAUCACUUGGUGUUUGAGAGUGCCGAUGCACUCUCCCAGCAUUUCUUUGACGUGCACGACCCCAAUCUGCCUUACACGUGUCCGUACUGCCCACAGAAAUACAAUUCCGCUAAGCAACGCGACUACCAUGUACGCCUCAUGCACCCCACCGUAUCCAGGGCUGACCAAUGUGAAUACUGCAAAAAGACCCUGCGCAGUACAAAGGAAUGUCAUGAGAUGCAUUGUCAAUAUGUGGGCGAUUGGCGUUGUGAUACGUGCGAACAAUGCUUCUACCAGUUUCCAUUAAAUCGUUUCCGUGCACAUCAACGACAUCACCUUAACAAAAAAAAGUUAAGAUGCCGGGAAUGCGGACGCAUAUUUGUACGCCGCGCUAAUUUGGAGGCCCAUGAACGCCUGCAUCGCCCUCGUGCAAACUUCAAAAUUGAAUGUCAUGAAUGCCAAGAAGUAUUUUCAAACGAUUACGAACUACGUCGCCAUAAAUAUCAGGCACACAAUGGAGCGCUGCCAGUGCGUUGCGAAUACUGUCACAAAGGUUUCGUAAGUAUGGCCUUUCUCAGUCGACACAGACAACAUUUCCAUCCGGAAAAGACAGGGAGCAAUAGUUUGGGUAGCGCCACCUGCACCAACUGCGGCUGCGUGUUUAGUUCACUACAAAAACUGCGUUUACACGCCCAGCAGCCGCGUGAUGAAAAAGGCCAUUGUAUCGAAACGAUGCGUCACGUUAUUCCGUACCAAGAACGUACGCGUCAAUUGCGACGACCGAGAUUGUACUCUUGUGAGCACUGUAAUAAACGUUUUUCAACACAGGCUACACUUGAUAAGCAUAUGGGCACACAUGGGACUGUCACGUUCGGCUGCAGUGAGUGCUCGAUGCGUUUUCAAGAUGCAAACGAGUUGAAACGGCACAUUAUGGAGAUGCACGCCAAGCCACGGUAUCUAAAGUGCGAUUUGUGCGAAAAACGUUUUUGCUAUAUGCGCGAAUUGCAGCAGCACCAGAAAGAGCAUGCUGGCGAUGGAGAAGUACCCGAUGAUAGCUUUCACUGCCCCAUUCGCAAUUGCGGCGCCAGGGCAUCGUCCAUUAAAGAGGCUCACGAUCACGCAUAUCUCAAUCAUAAGUUGAUCGCCUGUGAUUAUUGUGAUUGUCUCUUCGGUCGCAAUCGUUUGACAACUCAUCUACGUACAGUGCAUGCUACUGGAAAUAUCGCAGAAGAGCCGAACAAUAACAAUAAUAAUAGUAACGCAAUGACUUUCUCGAAUGCACAAGUAGCAUCACGGCAGACGGAGGACUCUUUGGCGGUAGCGAGCAUACUUGGCACCGACAACGUACAAUUGAAUAACAAUGACUUAAUGGUUUCCUUCGAAGAUGGGGCCAUCAAUGGCGGGGAAAAGGUGCGCGUGGAGCUGGUGCAGCAACAAACGCCCAUUAUGACUAAUUUGGUGUUGCAGGAGCAAGUGUCCAACACAUUUAAACCACUCAUUCCAACGGCAGAUGAAAUGGAGCAGAAUUUCCUAAUGGGUGCUUUGCUCGAUCAGGAUAAUGAAAUCAUAGUCACAUGAUAGACUGGAGGCGGGCAUAGUUUAAUUUUUUGUCUAACUUAACCUAUUUUUUUAUAUUUAUGCAUAUGUA